AUGUCACUUAAUCGAUAUCUAGUGACACCUACAAUUCUUUUCAUAUUAAAGUCAUCGCGUCAAUCAUAUGUGUCACAUGUUCAAAAAAUUGAAGCACCUGAAGUUUUUAAAGAAAAGCUUGAACAACACAUACGUAAUUUUAAAUUGGAUGAAUCAGACAAUGAUGAUUCAGCAAAAUCUGGUGUUACUCAUUGUUCCAUUGAAUCUCUCGAAGCUGAACCAACACCACCAGAUCAAGGUUGUCGAUCGCAUAUUACUAAAUAUUUCUGUGGUAAGUAA